AUAUGCGGAAGCUACGUUACGUGUACGCCGUUUCCAUGGUAAUACGUCAUUAGCACUCGACCAAACACAGGGGAGGCGCGAGACGAAAGAAUUGUUUAAAACUAUUUACACAAAGUAGUUUCAGUGGAGAGUUAUGGACAAAUGUUAACAUUACGUAUGACUUAAAUCCGCCUUCUAGAGGGGUGUGCGUGUUGCUGCGGCCAUGACACAAUCCGUUGUUGUCCAAGUUGGUCAGUGUGGGAACCAGGUUGGCUGCAGGUUUUGGGAUCUUGCUUUGCGAGAACAUGCCCACGUCAAUAAAAAAGGAUUGUACGAUGAGGCCCUCAGUAGCUUUUUCCGAAAUGUGGACUCAAGGGAAAGUGAUGGGGGAGCCCACGUUGUUGGUGGGAGAAUCCAACAUCUGAAGGCCAGGGCAGUGCUGGUGGACAUGGAGGAGGGUGUGGUCAAUGAGAUCCUGCAGGGCCCAUUGAGAGAAAUGUUCGACAGCACUCAGCUCCUCACAGACGUGUCAGGUUCAGGCAACAACUGGGCAGUUGGACACAUGACGUAUGGCUCAGCCUACAGGGAGCAGAUAGUGGAUAAGCUGCGGAAGGCAGCAGAACACUGUGACUGUCUGCAGUGCUUCUUUCUCAUUCACUCUAUGGGAGGAGGUACGGGCUCUGGCCUGGGGACCAGAGUGCUGAGCCUGCUGGAGGAGGAGUUUCCUGAGGUAUGUCGAAUUGUCACCUCCAUCUAUCCGUCUGCGGAGGAUGAUGUCAUCACCUCUCCCUACAACAGCGUCCUGGCCAUGAGGGAGCUCACAGAGCACGCCGACUGUGUCCUGCCUGUUGAAAACCAAUCGUUGGUGGACAUUGUGGACAAGAUUAAACAUAUGUCUCAUGGUGGAAAGCCAGGGUCGGCGAUAAAGAGAGACAGCACCAUCAUCUCUGGGCAGGGCGGGCUCAGUGGGACUGAAAAGCCCUUUGAUGCCAUGAAUAAUAUUGUGGCUAACCUGUUGCUCAAUAUUACCAGCUCAGCUCGUUUUGAGGGAUCUCUCAACAUGGAUCUGAACGAGAUUGCAAUGAACCUGGUCCCCUUCCCCCGUCUACACUAUCUGGUGCCCAGCCUCACCCCCCUCUACACACUGGCAGAUGUCAGUGUCCCCACCAGAAGACUUAAGCCUUUGCUACCCUUUGUGUCGUGGAACCAGGAAGGCUGGAAGACGAGCCUGUGUUCAGUGCCUCCCGUGGGUCACUCCCACGCCCUGUUAGCCCUGGCCAACAACACCUGUGUGAAGCUCACAUUCAUGGAGCUGAGAGAACGCUUCAUCAGGCUCUACAGGAAGAAGGCUCACUUACACCACUACCUGCAUGUAGACGGGAUGGAGCAGAGCUGCUUCUCAGAGGCCAUCAGCUCUCUCAGCUCACUGAUUGAAGAGUACCAACAUCUAGAUGCCACCAAGGGGACACUUAUGCCAGACGCACCCAGACUCCGCAUUGCCAGAUGAAGGUCUGCGCUGUUGUGUGUGUAGAUGUCUGUGUCUAUGACUGUCUCAUUGUAAAAUAACUGUGUCCAUGCUAAGUCCUAUCAGAAUAUCUGUUUAAAUACAAAUAUUAGUGACGUUUUCAGUUAAGUUAAUGGUGUAAAACGGAAGUGUAACUUCUUUCCUCUCUAACAGAAUAUCAUUUUAACCAUUUACUUUAGCUUUGUCUUUCCAAGUGUCAGCAAAAGGAAGCUAAUACCGGUGAAUUAGCAACGCGCUACCGUUGGCCAUACUCGGACACCCCCUGUCCUCGCUGUAAAACCUCACUGGGCGCUGCUGGUUUUUCGGGGUAUUAACCAUAUUAACAUCAAUGCUGUCCACACAUCUGGGACCGUACUUCCGUUCUUCACAAUAAAAUGUAAAACGACAUGCUUCCAAAUUAUUCAGUAUCCCCUUCAUUUCCACUUUGUAAAGUUAUUCCACCACCUGAGCAUCGCCCAAGCGUUCUUACUACUUUCUCUCCUUAAAGUCACUUUUGUAUACUAAUUUGACAUGCAAAUGUCCAUGUACAUACAUAUGAAAACUCACAUGUAGAUUCUUAGAUGUGUAUAAAUGAAUUCUAUUUGCACUUCGGGGGCGAUCGCAAAGGAAAAGCACCGUUAAAAGGCCGGAAAGACGUCAGACCGGAGGUGUCCAGAUAAGGCCAAUAACGGCGAACGGUUUCCGAACAUGGACACAGUUAUACCAAUAAUUAUUUUUCAAUAAGGACUUCACACAACCAAAUCUUUUGUAUAUACCUUUAUAAGUUAUAUGUCAAUAUUGUCUAAUUUGUGAACAGAUUAAAAAUAAGCAGGGACAACAUGUAAAAAGAAUCUGUAGUGUGACCUGAUUUGCCAUGUGUGGGCUCCCUGACCAUAGUAUUAUGAGGUACUGUUAAUGUGUGCUGUUACAGCUAAUGCACUGGCCAUGUUCCUUGUUGUUAUUGCACAUACAUGUCCUGAAGACAGGGUUUAUAAAAUAUUCUACCAUAACUAAAA